AAUAGUCAUCCAGGAAUGAUUUGUCUUUGUGGACGCUCCAUUCAUGAGAAUCUUCGCUCGAAAGUCAACGACUCGACGAAUUGUCUCGAUUACGAUACAUGGCAGGACUUCUCCACAGACAAUCAGAAUGAGAGGAUGCUUUCGUACCAUACUUUCAGAAGGAUGACCGAUUCAUUAUUGACUGAAUCAGCUACAGAUGCUGUUAAUCUUCUCCGAACACGUUUUAUUGGAUAUCUCGGCGAUAAAUCUAUCUCAGACAUGGAGCAACGGAAAUUAGCAGAUUUCCUAACUGCAGAAGGGGUGCUGAUAAGUCUUGGUGGCAGUAACUACUGUAUGGCCUCAGCAUUCAUUGACUCGUUUGUGAGGAGAUAUAUUAUCCCAUCAAAAUAUCCCCACGCUCCUUCGGAGUCACCCCCAAAGGAAAGCCAAGGAGAAUUAUUGGAUAUUCUGGAGACUAUGAAGAUUGCUCUUCGAUUUUUCGAUAAAAACUUGAUUAUGCAGGCGGGAAGUCGAUCAUACAAAGGAUCGGGGGAAACAGUUAAGGUUAUGGGCAACUGCAAUGUCAGUGUCCCUCGAGAGAGCGUCUAUGACACGGAAUUGAUGAGGGUUCUCACCAACUGGCUAAACAAAGCAGAAGAAUAUGAGAUCAUUGGUCAGUGGCACCUCCGUGAGCUUGAGGACCACAAAUAUAGUGAUAUUGUCAUCAAGAAAGCAGGAACGGUUGUUAUCGAGCUUUUGGCUACAGGGAGUCAAACUUCUAUUAAAGACCAUAUCAGCAAGACGCCAACUUACAGACGCUUACUCUCAGCAGAAGAAGCUUGGGUUGUUCAUUUUACCCGUGAGGACGACUAUUUUGAGCACCCACACUGGCAAACCGACGCGGAACUGGAGCAAGGGGUGAAUUUGGUGCAUUUCUGGCACGAUAGAGAUUUUAAUACAGUGCGGAUGAGUGCUCGCUGGAAGGACAGGAGUGGCAAUACUCAAAGAAUUGACAAUGAGCUAUUGACUGUCUAACAGCAAUUCUAUUUUUUUUUUUUUUAUCCAACAUUGUAAGGACGCCCCCUCAUAUUUUUUGAUAUCGGCUUGUAAUUUUGCAGAUCUGUUUAAAUAGCUGUUGCUUUGUAUAUUUCGCAUUGAUUGUAUUAAAACACUCUCUCUUCAUUAAUGAUAAACAGUUUACAUUAUGUAUCUAUACCUUAAUCUAUAUUUGUAUAUUAGUCAGAAAGGCU